AUGGAGGAUCCCUUCGGCCCCUCAACUCUGCCGCCGGCGCCUAAUCUCUCCGUACCCAGCUCGUUGGGCUGGGGUCUCAACCUGACUUCGGGGCAGGGAGCUCCCGCCCCGGGGCCGCAGCCGCCGCCGCCCGGGCCGCCCAGCCGCCGCGUCCGCCUGGUCUUCCUGGGGGUCAUCCUGGUGGUGGCGGUGGCGGGCAACGUCACGGUGCUGUGCCGCCUGUGCGGCGGCGGCGGGGGAUCCUGGGCGGGUCCCAAACGUCGCAAGAUGGACUUCCUGCUGGUGCAGCUGGCCCUGGCCGACCUGUACGCGUGCGGGGGCACCGCGCUGUCGCAGCUGGCCUGGGAACUGCUGGGCGAGCCCCGCCGGGCAGCGGGCGACCUGGAGUGCCGCUUCGUGCAGCUGCUGCAGGCAUCGGGCCGGGGCGCCUCCGCCCACCUCGUGGCGCUCAUCGCCCUCGAGCGCCAACGCUCAGUCCGCCGGCCGCAGGGCCCGCCGCUGCCCUCGCGCGCCCUAGCCACCCUGGGCUGGCUGUUGGCGCUGUUGCUGGCGCUGCCCCCUGCCUUCGUGGUGCGCGGGGGCACCCCGUUGACGCCACCGCCGCCUCCCGCCGCGCCUCCGGCCGCCCGCGCCUGGCCCGGGGAGCGUCGCUGCCGAGGCAUCUUCGCGCCCCUGCCGCGCUGGCACCUGCAGGUCUACGCGCUCUACGAGGCUGUCGCGGGCUUCGCGGCGCCGGUCGCGGUCAUGGGCGUCGCUUGUGGCCGCCUGCUGUGCGUGUGGUGGCGGCGCCGAGCCCCCGCGCACAGCGCGCUGUCCCGCGCCAAGGUGCAGAGCCUGAAGAUGAGCCUGGUGCUGGCGCUGCUGUUCGCGGGCUGCGAGCUGCCCUACUUCGUCACCCGGCUGGCGGCCGCGUGGUCGCCUGGGCCUGCGGAAGACUGGGAGGGAGAGGGCCUGGCGGCGGCGCUGCGCGUCGUGGCGGUGGCCAACAGCGCUCUCAAUCCCUUCGUCUACCUCUUCUUCCAGGCCGGCGACGGGCGGCUCCGGCGGCAGCUGCGGAGGCGCCUGGGCUCUGUCUGCUGCGUGCGGGAGGGAGUCGCAGAGGACGACGAGGGGGGCGGGGGCCACCAAGCGCUCCACCGCCACCGCUGGCCCCAUCCCCAUUACCACCACGCUCGGCGGGAGCCGCUGGACGAGGGCUGCUUGCGCCCACCCCCGCCGCGCCCCAGACCGCCGCCCUGCUCCUGCGAAAGCGCCUUUUAG